AUGGCCGAGUUUUUCUCAAUUUCGCGGAGAAUUUACCUGACAAUCUACAAUUGGACCGUGUUAAUCGGAUGGUUACAAGUGUUUUACCUUUCUGUAAAGACGCUGAAGGAAUCCGGCCACGAACAUGUCUACGCCGCCGUCGAGAAGCCGCUGCUCUGGGCACAAACUGCCGCCGUGUUCGAGAUUCUACACGGUCUAAUUGGAUUGGUCAGAUCUCCGGUCAGUGCUACUCUGCCCCAAAUCAGCUCCAGAUUGUACGUGGCGUGGGGGAUUUUGUGGAGUUUUCCUGAAAUAAGGACUCAUUUUCUCGUGAGUUCACUGGUGAUUAGCUGGUCAAUUACUGAGAUUAUUCGAUAUUCGUUUUUCGGUUUGAAGGAAGCUUUCGGUUCUGCUCCAUCCUGGCUGCUUUGGCUGAGGUACAGCACGUUUCUUAUACUGUACCCUACGGGAAUUUCAAGUGAAGUGGGUUUGAUAUACAUUGCACUGCCUUUCAUGAAGGAAUCACUGAAAUACAGCAUAAGCAUGCCUAACAAAUGGAAUUUUUCCUUUGAUUACUAUUACUUGGCACUUGGGGUUCUCGGCGUUUAUGUUCCGGGGAGUCCCCAUUUGUUCGGGUACAUGCUUGGCCAGAGGAAAAAAGCACUUGCCAAAGCCAAAAGUGAGUAG